AGCCCUAAAAUUGGCUGAUAGAGCUCUCUAUUCACUCUCGUUCGACUGAUAAAUCUGCGGAUGCGAGGUAAUCUCACUAUACAUUUGAAAUCAGUACUGUUUUCUGCUUUUAAAUCCUUCGAAAAAUGGAUGAUUUGAUGCAAAAAUCAUUGAAACCCCCCAAUUUUUUAGCUGUAUUUAUUAACAGUACAAGUGAAGGAGUCGAUAGAAUUAGCUAUUUGCCGGAUGAUAUAUUGCACAAUAUACUUUCAUAUCUCUACAUCUUCGAUGUUGUUCAGCUAAGCAUUUUGUCGAAAAGAUGGAACUAUAUAUGGAGGACAAUGCCUUACUUGAAUUUUGAUAUUAAUAGCUUUGGUUGUGAACGGAUUAAUAGGCCUUGGGAUUUGGGUAUGGCUGAGAAAUUCAAAGAUUUUAUCAAUUGGGUGUUUAUUAACCAAUGUGGGAAUACCCUUGUUUGUUUUAAGCUUUGUUGUGGAGAUAUUUUCGGUAAAGGGGCUAUUUUUCGCUGGGUUCGUGUUGUGACAACUCGAAAUGUUCAAGAACUAGUGUUAAAUUUUUGUCCUGCUGAGCCAUUUGAGUUGCCAUAUUGUGUUGUGACUUGUGAAUCUUUGCGAGUUUUGAAAAUACAGAUGGAUGGGUCUGUACUUAAGUUGCCUAAUCAUUUCGGAUUUCAUCAGCUUAAAUUUCUUCAUCUUGAAGAAGUUGAGUUAUCAAACGAGCAUUUGACGAGUUGCUUGUUCUCAAGACUAGAAAAACUGAAAUUGGAUAGUUGUAAUUUUGGAACUAUGACUAUGGUUGAUAUUGCUUCGACGUCUCUGGUUUAUGUGUCUAUAAAGAACUUUGUGGACAACAGAGUAAGUUUCGUCAAUUGUAACAUCAAAAUUUCUUGCCCGAAUCUCAAGGUCUUGAAAUAUGGUGCUCCAUUGGCAAAGGAUAUAAUUCUAGAGAAUCUCUUCUCUAUAGAAGUUGUUCACCUCUUCUUUUUUGAUUCAGAUGAUGUAAUGGAAGAAAUUGGUAUGUGUGUGCAUAAGAUGAUCAAGAAUGUCGUUUCUACUUCAACUUUGAAAUUAUGCCAUAGUUCCAUUGGGGGUUUGUAUGCUGUAUUUCAUGGAGUCAGAAACAUCCCAGUCACGUUUUAUAAGCUUAAGUGCUUAAAAUUGGCAGUGGCAAUUGAUGAAUCUUGCAUGGAAGUCAUGAUGCUAUUGCUCAAGCAUUCUCCUAAUUUAGAGGUUCUGGAUUUGUUUUCUGACGAGAAUUAUGGUUGGGAUGAAAACUGGAAGUUGCAUGAUCCUAGUGAAAGCGUUGUGUGCUUGGAGUCUCAUCUAAAGUUGAUACAGUUGGCUGGUUUCAAAAAUGAAGAAAAAGAGAUAGAGCUACUAAGGUUUUUCCUUAAAAAUGCACAAGUAUUAGAAAAACUGAUAGUUGUUUGGGAAUGCUAUAAUGACAUAUUAGAAGAGGUAUCCGAUGAGGUCUCGAAGUUUCCUAGAGCCUCUUCGCAUGUUGUUGUGUCAUUUCUUAAUUUCAAACCCAAAUCAAGAUCUCGUUACCGGGACAAUUUAGUUUAAAAGAGGUUUUGAUUGUGAGACUAUGUUGCUUGGACUUGGACUUUGACUCUCCAAAAAUGUUGUACUACUUUUGGAAGAUCCGACAUACAUUUGAAGUGUCCAAGCAACAUAGGCUAGAAGUACCCUUUUAGAGAACUAGUGCAUGAGCAAGCACAUGAAGCCUUAAGUUUAUGAAUUUCUACUACUGUUUCGCCUUUUCAAUGAGCACUAGACAGCCUUCAAUGAAGCAUGUUUGACUCCGGACAAAGAAGCAUUCAACUUGUCAACAGAUGUUACACGCGUCUCCAAGAUUUAGGAAGUAUCAGUCAUCUCUUUCUGCACUAUAUGGUUGUUGUUGACCUCUGAAACGUGUUUUAUUAUGUUUUUGGACUCGCGUGGGUCAUGCCAUACACAGUUAAAAGAUGCAUAUGAAUGCUGGAAGCAUGAAGAAGCUCUGGAUGUCCCUGCAAGUAUUUUUUUUUUUUGGUGUUUUUGGUGUAUUUCAACUCCAAACUACUCCCAACUAUAAGCUAGAUGUUUGUGUAACUUAUUUAGCUUGAUGGACAACUUAAGCCAUGUAAAUUACUUA